AUGGCCGAAGUCAACGGCAUCGCAAAGCACGAAGAUACUAGUACGGUUUCCGCAUCGCACCUGGGUAAGCGGAAGCGCACGGUUUCCCCCGAAGUUGCGCCAAAAGACACUGCUCUACAAUCGACCUUACAAGAUGUCCUGCGAGUUCUUCGCAAACAUGACACCACUCCGUCGCUUCUCAAGUACCCUUUAUCUUCAUCGAAGUCCGGAGCACCUGACAUCAAACGGGCCCGCCUUGUCAAGUCAGAAUCCGCCAACGAUACUAUCGAGGAUCGCAUUUUGACGGGCUCAUAUGACUCUUUCCGCGCCCUGAAAGAAGAUAUCCGAAAUGUUCAAGAUGCCCUGGUCACCGAUAUAUCCGCUACAACACAGAAUGGCAACGUCGAAACCGAUGUCCAAGGGCAAUUAUCAACGCUAAUAAAUGUGCUCGACAAGUAUGAAACUGAGUCUUCAGAAGUCGCCAAAAUCAAAAGUGAAGACUUCCCGGGGGCGGACUUGAUCAGUUCAAAUUCCAAACAGUUCCUCUCUCUGCGCAGCCAAGUCAACGGUGGUGUCCAGAUUCUCUUCUCGGGCCUCCAGGUUCCCCAACAACCCGGAAACGACUGUACAGCUGUUAUACCCGAGACUGAAGGCUCAAGGCUACCUAACGGAUUCGAACUUACAGACUUCUCGUCAUUGGGUGGAGAUCAAGAUGCAACGAAGAAGCAAGAAAAGAGGUCGUUCGGGACAGUCUUUCGUCCGAUCGGCCGAGUCAAGCCUCUAGAUCUGCCGCACACGGCAAGGGACGUGGCGAGAGGCAACAAUCUGGAAUUCAUUCCAAACUCUAGCCGGACAGAGAAUCUGCCCCAGAACAAGCACGACUACAAGUUUGCGAGAUUGGCUACGAGUUCAUGGCUCUCAUAUUCUACCACAAGUACCCAACCACAACAGGAUAGGAGGAAGGUACUGCCGACGCCCAGUAACAAUGACUUCAAAGCAGCCCUCGAGGCCAACAGCGUGCGACAAGGUCAUGACCUGACUGCAGAUGAGUUGUUCAGCUCUGUCUAUUGCUCCUUCGCGCCAAGCUCAGACAAUGCAUAUUCUCUUGUCUCUGCCAAAGACAAAAGUCGGCAAUGGUGGCAACAUCACGGCGAGCAAAAGCUGUCAAGGCUUUUCAGGACAAGGGACACGGUAACAUCACUUGUUGAUGGACAAAAUGGAGGAAUAGAAGACAAAGACGAGUUCGCCGAGUUGGUCGCGAACUUCAAGCCUGAAGAAGACGAGGCAGAAGAAGCCCAGCCUGAUGCCUCAGAGAAGGAUGUUGAGAAACUUCUGGGAGAGUUUCCGAAAUGA